AGCGCACAAGGGAGAGGCCACGAGGGCGGGGCUACGAGGGACGGAGGGAGCGUGCGACAGAGGAGGGCGCCAGGCCCGAGUGGCUGAGGUUGGGGCGCUCCGUCUUUUACGCCUUCGGAAGGAGAUGCGGGUGCCCAUGGCUUUGCAGGGCGUCUCGGUCGUGGAACUGGCCGGCCUGGCCCCGGGCCCGUUCUGCGGUAUGGUCCUGGCGGACUUCGGGGCGCAGGUGGUGCGUGUGGACCGGCCGGGCUCCCGCGGCGACCUGAGCCGGAUGGCCAGGGGCAAGCGCUCGCUGGCCGUGGACCUGAAGCGGCCGCAGGGAGCGGCAGUGUUGCGGUCGCUGUGCGCCCGGGCGGAUGUGAUGCUGGAGUCCUUCCGCCCUGGUGUGAUGGAAAAACUCCAGCUCAGCCCAGAGAUUCUGCAGAGGGAGAAUCCAAAGCUUAUCUACGCCAGGUUGAGUGGAUUCGGCCAAUCAGGAAGAUUCUCUAGGGUAGCAGGACAUGACAUCAACUACUUGGCUUUGUCAGGUGUUUUAUCAAGAAUUGGCAGAAGUGGUGAGGCUCCAUAUGCCCCGCUGAAUCUCCUGGCUGAUUUUGGUGGUGGUGGCCUCACGUGCACACUGGGCAUCCUGAUGGCGCUAUUUGAACGCACACGCUCUGGCAAAGGUCAGGUCAUUGAUGCAAACAUGGUGGAAGGAACAGCAUAUCUAGGUUCUUUUCUGUGGAAAACCCAACAAACAGGACUGUGGGGACAGCCUCGUGGACAGAACAUGUUAGACGGUGGAGCGCCUUUCUACACAACCUACAGGACGGCGGACGGGGGUUUCAUGGCUGUUGGAGCAUUAGAGCCCCAGUUCUAUGAGCUGCUGCUCAAGGGACUUGGGCUAAAGUCUGAUGAACUUCCCAGUCAGAUGAGCAUAACUGAUUGGCCAGAAAUGAAGAAGAAAUUUGCAGAUAUAUUUGCAAAGAAGACAAAGGCAGAGUGGUGUCAGAUCUUUGACGGCACAGAUGCCUGCGUGACUCCUGUUUUGACUUUUGAAGAGGUUACCCAUUGUGGUCACCACAAAGAUCGGGGCUCAUUUAUUAUUGAUAGGGAGCAGGGUGUGAGUCCCCGCCCUGCUCCCCAGCUGUCCAACACCCCAGCUGUCCCUUCGUCCAAAAGGGAUCCUUUUGUAGGAGAACACACUGAAGAGAUUCUCAAAGAGUUUGGCUUCAGCCAGGAAGAGAUCAGUCAGCUUAAGUCAGAUAAAAUUAUUGAAAGUAAUAAACCAAGAGCUAAUCUCUAAGUUCUAAGCGCCACAACUCAAACGAAUUUGAAUGUUGCAUUUACGGUAUAGAAUAAUACAAAAAAUUGUAUGCAUGGAAACAUGAAAAAACAACAUCACAGUGGUCCAACUAUCCUAAUCAGGAAACAAGGCUGAUUAUAGAGUGAUGAUUGAAUUCUGAAAACAGUUAACAUCAUGGCUUUUGACUUAGGAAUAUUUUUAGUUUGCCUAUACUAAAUUGUGGCAGUUUUUCUGCCUUCCAAUUUACUUGAUUGGUUAUAUUUGUUGAUUUAAAAUAUUUAUAUAUUUAUAAUAUACUUUAAAUGAAUUAAU